GACAGUUGUCUUUUAGAAUUUCACAUAUCAACAUGUCUGCUAAAACACCUAGAGUUCGUACUUUGAUGGAAGAGUUUACUCUAAAUAAUUCUCAGCUAGCUGAGGUUAGUCGGAGGUUCUUAAAUGAAAUCAAUCGUGGUUUGUGUGCUCAGACCCAUGAUAACGCCGACGUUAAGUGCUUUCCAACGUACGUUCAAGAUCUUCCAACUGGAGAAGAAGUCGGAAAAUACUUGGCAUUAGAUCUUGGUGGAACGAAUUUUCGGGUAUUGCUGGUGACCUUGAAGGCUCAUCACGAAGUCGACAUGGAAUCAAAGAUAUUUGCCAUACCCAAGGAAAUCAUGACUGGUCCUGGGGUCCAGCUUUUCGAUCAUAUUGCUGAAUGCCUUUACACCUUUAUGAAGGAGCAAAAUUUGGUAGAUGAACAUCUUCAUCUGGGAUUCACAUUUUCGUUUCCCUGUCAACAGUUGGGUUUGACUAAGGGAAUUCUUGUCCGUUGGACAAAAGGUUUCAAUUGUGCGGGAGUAGAAAACGAAGAUGUUGUGCUGCUGCUGAAAGAUGCACUUAAACGUCGUCAAGUUGAUAUAUCUGUCGUUGCCAUACUCAACGAUACCACAGGAACACUCAUGUCAUGUGCUCAUAGAAAUAAACAUUGCAAGAUCGGUGUAAUCAUUGGAACCGGUUGCAAUGCAUGUUAUCUGGAACGUGUGGAAAACGUUGACCUCUAUGACGGGCCUUCGGACAAGUCUCACGUCAUCAUUAACACAGAAUUCGGAGCUUUUGGUGAGAGUGGAAUGUUGGACUUUGUCCGUUCGGAGUAUGAUCGUUUUGUUGAUCAAGCCUCAAUGAAUCCCGGAAGGCAAAUCUAUGAAAAAAUGAUCUCAGGCAUGUACAUGGGUGAGAUUGUUAGAUUAGCUUUAUUAAAGGCGAUCGAUAAAAAGCUUAUUUUCACUGAUUCUGGACGGAAACCACAACGUCUUCAGAUUGUUGGAAGUUUUGAGACUAAAUUCGUUUCGGAUAUUGAAUCUGAUCCCAAUGGUGAUUUUACAAAUUGCAGAGCAAUUCUAGCUGGAUUGGGUAUUCGUAAUGCAACAGAUGAUGACUGUUCCGAUGUAAGGUAUAUCUGUGAGUGUGUUUCGAAGCGAGCUGCCCAUCUUGUAGCAUGUGGGUUAGCUAUGUUGAUAAAUAAGAUCGAUGAACCGUUUGUGACGGUGGGUGUUGAUGGCACAGUAUAUAGACUGCAUCCUAAAUUCAAGGGUUACAUGUUUGAGAAAAUGAGGCAACUAGUCAAGCCGGGUAUCGAAUUUGAUUUGAUGCUAUCGGAGGAUGGAUCGGGACGUGGAGCUGCGCUGGUCGCCGCCACUGUUGCUGUAUAAAAUUUGAUAUUCUCGAUAAAAUUAGUUUAAGAAUUCUUGUUAACUAAAUUGUUAUCUAUAUGAAGAAAAAUAAAAAUAAUUUAAAUUAGUUAAUUUAAAUAAAGAUUAGAAAAUUGUGUCAAAAA